GAAACAAACUCCACUCUUACAUUUUAGAUGAACGCACUUUACGUACAUGUGUUAAAUUAUUAGGUUAUAUUUUUAUAAUUUAACGGUUGUUAUAUGUAAUUUAAAAUGCAAUUAAAAGACAAUAUGGACAUUAAAAGUUUGGAACAGUGCUUAAAAAUUGAAAACAACUUCAUAACAGACUUAUUGAAAAAAUCUUGUAUUCCAGAAAGAAAAGAUUUUGGAAUAAGUGACGAUGAAGAUUUAGAUACAAAUUCAAAAUUGCCUUUCAAAUCAGCUCAAAAUAAAACAUCGAGAGCUAAGUCACUGAUUGAACUUCAACAAAGAUUAGAUGCUAUAAGAGGCAAGAAGAAACAAACAUAUAAGGAAAAAUUAACAAAAAAAGGUUUAAAGAAUCGAUUAAAGAAGAAAUCCCAGCAGGAUCAAAGGAAUGCUGAGAAGAAAUUACAAAGAGCUGCUAAACAAGCAUUAAAAGUAGAAGUAAAAAGUGAAGAAGGUGAUACAGAAGAAAAAAAACCCACGUUAGAACAUAACCCAAAGAAACCAAUUUUUAAUAAAGAGGAUAAAAUUGUAUUUUCAAAAUUCGAUUUUGAUAAUCUUGGUAAGCAUAAAAAACCCAAACAAGAAAAAGAUCCAAAAAAGUUGCUUAAGAAAUUAGAAAACGAAAAUGAAACUAUACAGAAAUUGAAAGAAAGUGGUGAUGCUGAAAAGGCAAUAGAAAUUAAGGAGAAAUCGCAAUGGAAAAAUGCUUUAGCAAAAGCUGAAGGUCAGAAAGUCAAAGAUGAUCCGCAUUUAUUAAUAAAAAGUGUCAAAAAACAAGAACAAAAACAAAGGUCCAGUAAAAAGAAAUGGGAAAAAAGAAUAGAAAAAGUAGAAAAAGCUAAGAAAGAAAAACAAAUGAAGAGAACAGAAAAUAUUCAAAAGAGGAAAAAGGAAAAGAAGAACAAAAAACUUCAAAAGGCUGUAAAAAAAGGAAAAGUUAUUGCUGGUUUCUAAAAUGUCUCACCAAUGUUGAUUUUUUUCAAUUCUAAUUAUUAGUAUUUUUCAUAUGAAUUUUUUUAUAUGUUGAUAUAAAUAAUUUGUUAUAUUUAUCUUAUAUUCACCUCAUUCAAUUUCCAUAUUUCCAAAUACCCAAUGAACUGAUAAUAUCAUUUAACACUAUAUCUGAGAAGUCCUCUGAUAUGGUACAGAAAAAAUAAAAAAAUACUGUCCAGUUAAUUUACUUUCAUGAGAUUAGAAAUGAUUACUAUUGCUUUGAAGAAUAACCAUUCCAGGAACUAUUUCCCUAUGACAACAGCAAACGAAUUUAGUUUUAACCUGGCAUACUCCAAUUAACUUUAAAAUGCUAUAUCAAUGGGCUAACAUACACAAGCUUCGCAAGUUGUCGAGUAUCUUCGUUUUAGUCUUGUCUAUGUGCAGCAACGUGCUUAUUUCAGUAUACAGUGAACUGUCGUAAUAUAUAUGCAUGUUUAUUACCGGCUCCACCUCACACCCCACGGUACGUUUAGUGUUUAUAAAUAGUUUGGUGUCAUACCCCACCAUAUCUUCUAUUUAUUUUAUUCAGUAUGUCUAAUGAAGAGGAACAAAAGCGUCUAUUGAAGUUAUGGGAGGAAACAGAACCUUGUUCAAACAUAGAAUCGGGCUCAGAGCAGAAGACUAUGUAAGUGAGAUCUGCAGGCUCAGACACUGAACAAGAAAUAAAUGAAGAUGAUAUACAUGAAUCUGAGGAACACGAUAAUGAUUUUAUUGGCAUAUAUGGCUUAAGAAAUACAAAAACUUAAGGUAAUAACAAGAUCUGAAAAUACAAUUAUUCAUUUUCUAAAGAAUAUGACUUUAGAUGAACUGAAAGCUCUGCUAGGGGAGGCAAAAUUUAGACGAUGUAUGGUCCACUGAUGGCUUGGGAGUUUAUAUUUACAGAGCAACAAUGUGCCAAAAGAGGUUCAGCUUAUUACUUCAAUGUUUACGAUUUGAUAACAACGCCGAGAGGAAAGGAAACGUUUGCCCCUAUAAGAGCAAUAUUUGACCUUUUUGUGGAAAAUUGCUUAGAGGUCUACACUCCAAACGAAUAUCUUACAAUUGAUGAAGAAUUGGAAGCAUUUAGAGGACGUUUUAGUUCCCACUAAUUCAUAUCUUCUUCAGUAGGACCAAUUCUAUGUCAACUGCUAAUUGGCGACUAGGAAGCAUAUCUAUUUUACAAUCCUUGUAAUCUUCAUCCCACAAUUCUUCAUCAGUAAGAGAACUUGGGUCGGGGGUUCAAUGUCUAUUGAGUCCACUGGUAACUCAUCAGAAUAUACAAUUUGAAGAGCUUCCUCUAAAGAAGAGAGCGCCUGAAAAGAAAAAUGUGAAAAAAUUGUCUAUUAUUUUAAAUCGAAACUUUGCGUGCCUUAUGACUACUCAUCAGACAUAAUAUACAUCCAAGUAAAUAUAUAUGCUGCCAUAUAUCCAAUCUUUCCUAAGUUUUUUUGAAAUUCGCGCUGUAAAAUUAUAUAUUUACUGUGGCCAUUUGGCAAUACUAGGCCUUGACGAAGUAAGUGAAUUAAAAAAUCUACUCUACACAUGUAUCAGGUUAAAUAUGAAUAGUGAUA